AUGGGCUCAACAGAAUGGACUCCUGAUUUUGUCAUUGGAAUAGACUUUGGGAUGACUUGCACGGGCGUGUCAUACUCGAUGGGGCCCGCGUGGCCCUCACCUAAGACCAUCCAGAGCUGGCCAGGCAAGAUUGGCACCGAACUCGCCAACAAAGUCAUGACAGCUGUUGCCUACCACAGUCACAGCCAUCAGGCGCAGGCUUGGGGUUUCCUUUGCGACACUAUCUCCGAGAGCAACCGUGACAUCCGCAUCGAAGAACUGUUCAAGUUGUAUCUCGAUCCAACCUACGUAGAUACUGAUCCACAGUCGCCCUCGGUCCAAGACGCUCAGAUAUGGUUCCAGGCUUACAUGCGGUUCUUGCACGAAUACCUCGAGGACUAUUUUUUCACCCGCUUCCCACGCUGGCGCAACCAGAGAGCAGAGUUCGUGUUUAGCGUGCCCACAACAUGGAAGAACCCAGCCAUGAUCGCCGAACUAUCACGGCUGAUCAAACGAGCCGGAUUUGGGGAAAAUCUGGAUCACGUGGUGCGCAUAUCGUUGACUGAAGCCGAAGCUGCAGCAGUGUACGUGGCCAAGAAUACCUACCAGAAGGAUGACGUUUUCCUCAUCUGUGAUGCUGGCGGUGGGACAACCGACAUCAAUCUUCUCAAGCUGUUGUCGUCGAGCAGCUCAACUCAGCUACUUCCACUGAGUAGCGUGGAGGGCAUAGCCGCAGGCUCUUCAUUGCUAGACUUCAAAAUGGCUCAGAUAAUUGCAGGCCGUUUGGAGCUGAUCAAGCAACACCUCGUCGGAGCUCCAGCAGAUAUUGCCGAACGCAUGUUGUCCGAGCGGUUCGAAACUUUCAAGUGCUCGUUCGGUUCUCCGGUAAUGAACGUCGAGCAACUUCCUUUGCCGGUUCCUGGACUCGGUAUCGGCCAGAGCUUUCCCUCUGCCGGUAUCGUCGACUCCAACAUGGUGAUUCACAGGGAGGAACUCAAGGUCCUUUUCGAUGGUCAGAUCGACAAGAUCUGCAAUCUUAUCGAUACACAGCUUUUGUAUCUGCAAGAAAACUACCCGGCCGAACAACUAUCGUACAUCGUCGCAUCCGGGGGACUCGGCAGCUCUCCUUACUUACUACAGCAAUUGAAGAAUCGAUAUGAGCUAUCCCACCGCAUGAAGCACUCCAACGCACAACGUGUCCGAAUCCUUUGCGCGCCGGAACCCCAAUUGGCCGUCUGUCACGGCCUGGUGAUGGAGCGUAUACAGGAGAUCGUCUCGAAGAGCGUGGUCUUCAAAGUGCGACGUUGCCGCGUGAGCUACGGGAUCCUUUGCCGCGAGCUGUAUGACUCGAAGAAGCACACCGGCCGGGCGCCGACGGUAGAUCCUCGUGAUGGAAAGCGGUGGGUGGAGGACCAAAUACAUUGGAUCAUCAAGCAAGGCGAGUCAAUCGAUACAACCCAGGGUGUGAGGUACAAGUACCGCGUGAAGCGUGACUUGGGGGCCGAGACACUCCCAUGGCGGGCAACCGUUGUCAUGUCGCAGCUCCCACCCAAUCAGUUACCACGCAGCCUAAAAGCCUAUGGCGUCACACCCGUGUGCGUGCUUCAUGCUUCUCUCAUGGCCUCCGAGGUUCAUCGUAAAAACCGGCGCUGGUACGCCUGGGCCCGCGAACAUUGGUCGGCCGAGCUGGAACUGCGCGUCUUCGUGGGCCCAGCGGACCUGCGCUUCGAGCUUUGGGGUCAGAACGGUCCGUUGAAUAUGGGCGAUGGUGUUGUUUCCGUGGACUGGGAAGCGCCGAGUCAGAUGGAUAGCGCGCAUGAGAUUCAGGGGAGGUCCGAGUUGGAGGGUAAAACGCAUGCCGCGUUUGGCUCGUUCACAUCUUAG